AUGCCCCGCGCGGUGCCCUCGGGCCCUGCCUCGCCCAAAGCGCGAAUGCAGAGACCCCGAGGAAAGCGCAGGGCCCCGAGCUGUGCUAGGCCCGAGAAGAGCGGGGAACUGGGGACGCCAGAGGCCCCGGCAGGCUUUUCUGUCUUCACGAAAGCGAGGAGUCCGGAGUGCCCUAAAAGACAAGGCCAGGGAAAGAUGGAGGAGCUUCACCAGAUGGACUCACUAGGGGUACAUUGCUGCCUCUACAGGGAGCCUGGAGUCCCAGGCAUGGCCUGUGAGAGGAACAGACUUCAAGGCCAGGAGGUGCUGACAUUCCAGGAUGUGGCUGUGGACUUCACGCGUGAGGAGUGGCGCCUCCUGUCCCCUCCCCAGAAGGAGCUGUACAAGGAGGUGAUGCUGGAGAAUGCCCGGAACCUGCUCUCUGUGGGGCUUCCAGCUCCCCCAGAAGAAGUUCUCUCUUCUUUGAGGCAGAGGGAAUCGCCAUGGAUGCUAGAGCAAGAAGGCCUGAAGAGCUGCUACCCAGAAGGAGAGAUCAGACCAGAAAUGAAGGUGAAUCCAACAGAGGUGAGCCUUUUUGUGGAAGAAAUGGGUCUACAAAGAUUCAUGAGAGAUGGUCCUGAUAACUUUGCUUUCAGAGAAUUCUGUGCUGCACCUCAAAAUUCAUCUCCUGUUGAAUAUCAAAGAAUGAACACUGAUGAAAAAUCUAGUGAAAGUAAUCACUGCAGAAAAACAUGCAUGCACAGGGCCACUCUUGUUGGACAUCAAAGAAUGUACACUGAAGAGAAAUGUUAUGAACACAAGAAAUGUGGAAAGGCAUUCCAUCGGAGCUCCCAUCUUGCUGUACAUCAGCAAAUCCACACUGAGGAGAAACCUUAUGAAUGCAAUCAAUGUAGAAAGACAUUUAGUCAUAGCUCCAGUCUUGCUGUGCAUCAGAGAAUCCACACUGGUGAGAAACUUUAUGAAUGCAAGGAAUGUGGAAAGACAUUCACAAAUAACUCCCAUUUUGCUGUACAUCAGAGAAUCCACACUGGGGAGAAACCUUACGAAUGCAAGGAAUGUGGAAAGACAUUCACUAGGAGAUCCCAUCUUGCUGUACAUCAGCGAAUCCACACUGGGGAGAAACCUUAUGAAUGCAAUCAAUGUAGAAAGACAUUCAGUCAUAGCUCCAGUCUUGCUGUGCAUCAGAGAGUUCACAGGGGUGAGAAACUUUAUGAAUGCAAUCAGUGUGGAAAGACAUUCAGUCAGAGAUCCCAUCUUACUCUACAUCAGAGAAUCCACACUGGGGAGAAACCUUAUCAAUGCAAGCAAUGUGGAAAGACAUGCAGUCGGAGCUCCAGUCUUGCUGUGCAUGAGAGAAUCCACACUGGGGAGAAACCUUAUCAAUGCAAGCAAUGUGGAAAGUCAUUCACAGUAUACUCCUGUCUUGUUGUACAUCAGAGAAUCCACACUGGGGAGAAACCUUAUGAAUGUAAACAGUGUGGAAAAACUUUCAGACUCAGCUUCAGUCUUAUUGUACAUCAGAGAAUCCAUACUGGGGAGAAACCUUAUGAAUGCAAGAAUUGUGGAAAGACAUUCAGUCAGAGAUCCCAUCUUACUCUACAUCAGAGAAUCCACACUGGGGAGAAACCUUAUCAAUGCAAGCAAUGUGGAAAGACAUGCAGUCGGAGCGCCAGUCUUGCUGUACAUGAAAGAAUCCACACUGGAGAGAAACCUUAUGAAUGCAAGCAAUGUGGAAAGACAUUCGGUCGGAACUCCCAUCUUGCUGUACAUCAGAGAAUCCACACUGGGGAGAAACCUUAUGAAUGUAAGCAGUGUGGAAAGUCAUUCAGAGUUAACUCCUCUCUUUCUUCACAUCAGAGAACGCAUACUAAUGUCAAACCAUAUGAAUGCAACCAAUGUGGAAAGACUUUUAGACUGAGCGCCAGUCUUGCUGGUCAUCAGAAACUGCAUACUGGUGAAAAAACUUAUGAAUGCAAGCAGUGUGGAAAGACAUUCACAAGUAAAUCCAAUCUCGCUGCACAUCACACAGUCCACACUGGGGAGAAACCUUAUGAAUGCAAACCAUGUGGAAAGACUUUCAGACUGAGUUCCAGUCUUGCUAUACAUCAGAGAAUCCACACUGGGGAGAAACCAUAUGAAUGCAAGCAAUGUGGAAAGAAAUUCAGACUGAGUUCCAGUCUUGCUGACCAUCAGAGAAUACACACUGGUGAAAAACCUUAUGAAUGCAAGCAAUGUGGAAAAUCAUACUUUUCUAACUCCCAUCUUGCUGUACAUCACAGAACCCACACUGGGGAGAAACCUUAUGAAUGCAAGCAGUGUGGGAAAUCAUUCAUUUGUACCUCCAAUCUUGGUCGACAUGAGAAAACACACUGGGGAGAAACCUUAUGAAUGCAAGUAGUUUGGAAAGUCAUUUAGUUGUACUUCCAGGCUUGCUCAAUAUAUGAACACACACUGGAGAGGAAACUUAAGAAUUCAAACUAAGUGGAAAGAUGUAGCUCAAGGCUUGCUAUUGUCUCAUGGAAAUUUACCCUCCUUUCUGAGGCAGUAUGCCUAGCAUGAGCCUGAACUAGACUCAGGCAAGGAUUGGAUGACAGAAACCAUUGAGGAAAGCAUAGCAGCAAGAAAGCAACAGCAAUGGAUUUCAGAGAUCAUUAGAUGGGGGUGGCUGAUGUCUAAUGCACUGGCUCUUGGGCAUCCCAGACAAAAUUGAAAGCCACAUUUGGCAGCUGAGAUGUUUGGUGAACAUUAGUGGAUGGAAACGUUUUGAUUAAUUGAGGCAAUAGUGGAUAUCCAAACUCCUCUUUUAGUUUUGUUGCUGACUGAACUUCCCUGUGAACAUACCUGAGGUGUCUUAGUGGUUUCCAUAGAAUAGCAAGCUACUUGGAGGAAGGUAUUAUAUCUCCUGUUAUUUCCAUGUUUUUCUUCUACUAUCUUAGAUUAAAUAAAAUUAAUUUAGGGCAAGUCUAAUGAUUUUUCCAAACCAUAGACAUUCACACUAAGCUCUCACCUUGCUCAAAAUCUGAUGAUUCAUUCUAACAUUUCAUGAACUCUCCUAAGAUCCAAAUGGCCGUAUGAUUUAGACCUAAAGUGUGACCACAUAAACAAAUUAAGGGACCGUAGAACAGUUUGCCUUUCAGAUCAAUUUAUUGAUAAGAUUAGAAUUUAUGACCAAAUAAGAAAUGAAAGACAUUAUGAGAUGUAAAAUAUAAUUUGUAUUAUAUUAAAUUCAAAACUAUUUGCACAAACAAAACUAAUGCAACAAAUAUUAAAAGCAGAUUCAAGAAGUUAUCAUUUGCUUUACAAUGUGAAUCUUAAAACAGCUCAGACUCUACUUCAGAAGAUUUGGUUAAGCUAUUCCCCAUUUUAAACAAUGCAGGUACUUGAUCAGUAAUGUAUUGGGAAUUUUAACAUCACUCCACCCAUACUUUAGGGGAAGAUAAAGUUGUAAUCUCCUUACUGAACAAUGAAAAGUCCCCAACUAAUACUUAUAGUGAAGCAAAAACCCUAAGCUAGGUGGUCUAUUUUUAGAUCUAAUACAAAAGGGUGCUAAUUACCUAUAAAGGUUAAAUUAAUCACUAAAAGGUCAAGCAACUUACAAAAGGCAAGCUUAAUAAAAGAGGUGUGAAGUUUUAGUCUACCCAGAGAAGGUGAGAACUAAAGAGUGGUGAGAACUAAGAAUGGGCAGUCCUGGGAAAAGAGUCUACUGUGAUUGGUAGAUAUGAAAAUUUAGGGGAGGUGACACAAGAGAAAAUUUUUUUAAAAGAAAGGAGAGUUUGAAAUUGAGGGAGUUGGAGUUUGUAGUUCAGUUUGGGAGUUUGCUAUGGAGGUUGGAGUUUGGAGUUAGUUGGAAGAGCUGGGUCUAUGAACUCAGGAGUUGAGGAUUUCAGUGAAGGACUGGAGUUUUGCUUGGGACAAAUCUUGUGGUGAGUGAUAAAAGACUGACUAGUCUCUCAAGUGUAAACCUCAAAAUUUCUCAGACUUAUGAAUGUUAGGGGUUUCCCCCCAUUGGGGAAUCUUCUACUUAAAAAAAAUUCCCUAGCAGAUAAUGAGACUUCUACCUGAGUGUGGGGACUUCUUGCUAUGAGAGUAUUCCUGCUCCACCCUAGUUAAGACUGCUUUAGGAUGGAAGGGACAGGAAGUUCUUUGAGUCAUGACUGUUUCUAGAAUUGAUACAAUGGGAUACUAAGUACCUAUAAAGGUGGGGAAACUUGUAAACUACUUAAACCUAAAAGGGUGAUAACUUAUUCAGAGGUUUCCUCUUGAUCAAAUUAGUCGACACAGCAACAUUUUUUUUCUGAGAUUAAUUUACUCAGCUGUGAAUUCAAAAUGGGCGGUCCUUUAGAAACAUCUACAGUGAUUGGUAGAUGUAAGGACUUAGGGGAGGUGACAUAGGAGAUUUUGUGCUUAAAAAUAAGAGCUCAGAGAAGAGCUGGGAGUGAUUCUGAGAAGAGCUCAUUCUGAAACAUUCUGAUUGAGGAGGACUCAUUCUGAAGAAUCUCAUUCUGAAGGAAAGCUCCUUGAGGAGCUCCUCUGAGGGGUUCUGUCACCCUGGAGGCUCUCGAGAGAGAGGCCCUUGGAAACAAUCUCUGGCCAGGAGGCUCUUUGAGGAAGGACGCUGGCCUGGUAUCAUUAGAAUCCUUACUUAGACAGAUCUUAUGGUGAGUUAUAACAAACUGACUGAUUUCUCUCUUAAGACUCAGGUCUAGGCCAUAUUGGCUUAAGGCCCUUUAUACUUAUUCCUUUUCUCACUCUCUCUCUCUCUCUCUUUCUAUUGAUUAAUCAUUGUAUUAUUAAUUAAAUUUCUCUAUAAAACUCAGUUGACUUGAACAUAUUCAUAAUUGUUAUAUAUUUCCCUUGCUCCAACAUUUUAAUUAUAACAGUUUAUGGCUCCCACUCUUUUAUCUACAACAAUUUAAGUCCCUCAACUAAUUUAAAUCUCACACAAGGCUCAGGCCUAGGCCCUUCCUACUAUUUCCUUUUUCUCUCUCCUUUCCCUUAAUUCCUUCAUUUGUAUGAAUUAAAAUCUCCAUAAAACCCAGCUGACUUGGGAAUUUUCAUAAUUGGGAAUUUUCCCCAUGGAGACCACUUAUUUUUUAUUUAAAUCAAGAAACUAAAAAUUAUCUUUACAGUUUUGGCAAUUCACAGUCUUGGCAAACCAUAUUUUUGCGGUUACAACAGCAAUAUAUCCAAUUAAAUAUUUCAGUUUUUAAGCAUUCUAACCCUAUUCUUGAAUGUCUUAAUUUGUCAUUUCAUGGCAUCUGGAUCUAAAGAGUUAAUUUAGGAAGGAAAUAAAGUCUUUGUUCUAUAGAAA